AUGCCUCCUAUCAACAACAUCAUAAACUUAUCAGUACCUAUACAAGAAGAAAACGUUUCUACACCUACAAGCGGCGAUUACAAGAAGCAAUUUAUGGAUAUCGAUAGACAAGUGGAAGAAAUGAAGGCUAGUGAAUCUGGAAUAUUAGCCGACCAAAUAUCAACUCACGACGUCCAUCACGGCAGCAUGGCGACGACAGGCGGCAACCUGAUGCACGACAAGCGGAUCGUGCGCGGCAGCACCUUCGCCGCGCAUCCCCAGUCUCACGUGAGUUCUCACACUAGUGUAACACACUCUCAUGCUCCCAGUCUCACGGCGACGGCAUCGAGAGCGCGGCAGCGAAGGCGGCGCGCACGCGGCGGCGCGCGCUGGCCCGGCGCGCCGCGGCCGCGCGCCUGCGCCCCGGGACCCCCGCCCGCGCCCGGCCGCCGCCACCACCCCAUCCAGACCGAGUACUACCUGGAGGAGCUGUUCGACAAGGGCGUGGAGAUGGAGGUCGGCGUGCAGACCGACCUCUUCCAGGACCGCCCCGCCACGCCGCUCUACGUGCCCGCCAAGACCGGCGCCGACGCCGCCACGCAGAUCUAUCCCGGUGACCUAUUCGACUUCGACCUGGAAGUGUCCCCGAUCCUGGAGGUGCUGGUGGGGAAGACGACGGAGCAGGCGCUGGCGGAGGUGGCGCAGGAGGAGGAGCUGGCGACGCUGCGCGAGCAGCAGCGGCGCUACGCCGAGCUGCGCGACGCCGAGCGCGCCGAGCGCCAGCGCCUGGCCGCCAUGGACCAGCGUCUGUACGAGGAGAAGGAGCGGCGCGUGGCGGAGGCGCGAGUGGCGCAGGUGGCGGCGGAGGAGGCGCGCGCGCGGGCCGCCGCCGCCACGCUGGUGCAGGGCUACGUGGCCGAGCUGCUGCCCGCCGUGCUGGCCGGCCUGCGCGACCAGGGCUACCUGCUGGAGCGCGUGCACAGAGGAGUGGACGAGGAGUUCAUGCCGUGGCUGGUGAGCGCCGUGUCCGAGGAGCUGGACUCCAUCAUCACGAGCCGCGACGUCAUCACCGAAAUCGUGCGCGAUGUUGUGGAGGCCCGCAACGAGUUGUACCGCGCGGCCGCGGAGGCGGAGGCGCAAGUCGUGGAGCCUGAGGAGUCCAUCACGCCGCCCUCCACGCAGGAGGAGGAGGAGGAGGAACCUGAAGCGACGACGUAGGCCGCGGCGCCGAGCGGGCUGCGCCGCGGCCGCGGGCUCAGCGGCGACGAAUGGUGUAGGAACUAUUCUACUUCAACACCAACCUACAUUUAUCACGCGCGGGAGUUGAGUUGAGCACUGCUCUAAUUACCUUCUGUGAGGGGAAAUUGUUGCAGGGUUACACCUUAGAGGUUGUCUAGAUUUUUUGUCUUAAGGGUUUCGACCUUUAAGCUGUGAGAGACGUGCUUUGGUGAACCUAAUGUAGAGCAUUAUGUACAGGAACUCCGCGUCUAUUAUAUGUAAAUAUCGUAAUUCGUAGGCAGUAGCGUACUCCGUCCAUAGGCAAACAAUUAGGCAAACUAUUACUAAGUACUCUAAGUAGAUGCUUUAAAAGAAUUAUGGGUAAUUAAAAACUUACAAAAUCGUCUUACUAAAUUUAGUACGAGUUAUAGAUUUAUUGUAUGAAAAUCCUAAAGUGGCUUUAUUAACUUUCUAGCAAGACGCCUCAAGGUCAAUUUACACGGCGAACCUGUUAACUGUAUUUUUUUAAUAAACGAGUUUCUAAAUCAUUUUUAUACUGAAAUACUUUUUCUUAAGCAACAAUGUAUAAAUUAUAAAUUAUUCUUGUUUAGAUUACCUACUAGUUUAAGGAAGAGUGGUACCCCUUACCACAGGUAUUUGUUUACUUAAAAAGGGGUAUCCACAACUAAAAUUAAUCAAGUAAUUCUUUAAAUGAAUAAAGAAUUUUUUAAUUUUUUAAUGUACUGCCUAGACGUUUGUCGAAGUUCUCCUCAUUUAUUAGGAACUGGAACUAAGUAUGUAGGUAUUAGCUAUUAUUUGAACUUUGUAUUGUUUGUAUGCGCCGCGAAGUUUGUACAUUAUGUAGAGACAGUUCUGUAGUUAUAUUUAGACCCUUAUUUGUUAUUUAUUAUUAUGGAAUAAAAUUCUUAUGAUUAAUAUGUUGUAUAAAUUUGAACACUCCCUCAGUUAUGAAAAUUAUGGAAGGGGCCUUAAACAACGGACUGUAACCCAACCGCAACUUGUAGGUAUUCGAGCUGCGUGCUGACAGUGCGUGGCGUACAGUCUGCGUAGUGCUGUCGCCUUACAAGAUGCUGUACGUAUGUUACCGGCCUUAAAACCCUGAGGUAUUUGUAAUAUAGUUACGUAGGUACCUACUCUGUUCAAUAAAAUAUGAUAUGAUCUUAGCAGUGAAACAUUAUGUACAUAUCUGCAUUUAGGUAUAAAUAUAGGUAGUCUACACAAAAGUACCCUACCGUAGGUACCUACAUAAAAAUAAGGUAAUGUACCUAACCCACCAACAACACGACA